AUGACACCCGGCAAAUUUUCAUUUCUAUUUUUUCCACAUUCACAUUCAUUUUCCAUCAAAGUUUUUCUUUGCAAUCUUGAAAAAGUUCUAAAAAUCAAUCCACAACCAUGUCCACCAAGGAACAAUUCGAUAAAGCCGCCGAAGAUGUCAAGAACUUGAAAACCGCACCAGCCGACAAUGACCUUUUAGAAUUAUACGGUCUCUACAAACAGGCAACUGUUGGCGAUUGCAAUACUGAUAAACCAGGUUUCUUGGACUUCAAAGGCAAGGCCAAGUGGGAGGCAUGGAACAAAUUGAAGGGCAAAUCAUCGGAUGAUGCCCAAAAGGAAUAUGUCGACAAGGUCAAUGCCCUUGUUGAAUCUAUUGGAAUGAAGGCAUAAGAUUGGAUUCUCAAUUGUCUUUUCUUUGAAAUUAACAAACAACGCACAUUUAUAUUAUUUUUUUUUGUAUAGAAAACUUAAAAAAAUCUAUAUGAAAAAUAUUUAACUAUAUACUCUCUAAGCACAAAAAAUUAGCGCGCAUUUUGUUAGUUCCAAGUAAAAAAAAACCUAU